AUGCUCUACGAACUAGUAGGAAUUGUACGUACACUGAACAAUGGUAGUCCAACGGAAGCAAAAGAUCUUCUUACUACCCUAGGCAAACUUAUUUUGAACAACAGGGGUGUAAUAAGAACUAUAAUUCCAAUGGGGGAAAAACAACUACCAAAAAUAAUAAAAAAGGACCAAGAGAGACAUAUUUCUGGUUACCAUUUUCUCAUGUUGUUUGAUUCUUCCGCCUCUGUUCAGUCGGAAAUUCUUCGAACACUCAAAAAGGAUCCCAGAGUGAUAAGAUCUUCAAUAAUAAAUGUAAAUACAGAUAAGCUAUUAAACCCACCUUCUUCGAUCCAACAGACAUUUAGCUAUAAUUCUAUUCUAAAUAGGUGA